AACACUUCUUUGUCUCUUCCUCCCCUUACCACAGGAAACCCUAAUCCCCGCUGUCCUCGCCGUUUCCCCAUGCCAGACCCUAACCACGGACGGCGCGGCCGCCGCGAAAAUCGCCGCCGUGCACGGCGAGAUUGCUUCCUGGACCCUGGCCUCUACACGGGCCACCCAGUGGUGCACUUUGAUGUUCCCACCGCCGCCGGGCGGCAGAUUUUUUCCAUCCAAUGUUGUCCCGAAAACGAAGAAGCGAUCGUUUCUCCUCUUCGCGGAAGCAGCAGCGACGAUCUCGCCGCCGCCCGUUCCGAAUCCGGGCCAUUGAUCGUUGUCUUCGUAGAUAGGGAAGGGAAGUACUUCACGGACUAUGAUUCUCCACGCAUCCAAGAACUGAUGCUCAAAGUAUUGUCUUUCCUGUCAAGGCGUGAGGAGAAGCAUGUGGGAGACACUGCACCUGCACAAACGAUGGAACAACUAGAUCUGCCUUCCUUGAACAACUUAUUACACACUGCAUCAUUGAAGGAAUCGUCCACUACCAGUUCCUCGUCCUCCAUAUGGGCCCUGGUAUCCCAUGAUUGGGGAAUCACAUUUUACAUCAGGAUUGAUCACACUGGAUUUUUCCACACCUAUCCUUGUGUCGGUGGGCCGUUUCGUAGCUUACAAGAGGCUUACAGUGCCAUUGAUUGCUAUCUUCGUGAUCGUGAGGAUCCAACAAUGCGCAUAGAUCCAGAUGAUCCAGAUUUGAUUUAUCAUGUGCUAGAAUCCACACGUGAGAGAGCUAUACGCCGAAUUCUUUGCUGGCCUGAUGGCACAAGGACUUCGCGGUUGCAAUCAGAGCCAGUUGAUCAGAGGCGUUGUUGGAUGCUUCAGUUGGUUCGAGCUUUGGUGGGCAAAUAUAAUGAUGAUCACAAUCUUUUAGGGGACCUUGCAUAUGGACUACAAGGUGUUGUGUGCUACCACGUGUUCAAUGAGGGGGGUAAUAAUCGUAGGAUGUACUAUCAUGUCAAUUUCACUGCAAAUACUAAAUUCAGCAAGGACCUAUUAUUCUUUGCUGAGACUAUCAGUGAACAACGUGAUGAGUUGGUGGUCAGCUGUAUCUGCAGGAUUAAUCCUUCUGACAAAGACAGGGGGCACUGCCAUGCUUGUUUAUCUGACGUGAAGCACCCCAAGGAUGAUGCAUACUUUGGUGGUCACUCUUCUGCUGGUGUCUUGUCGGGGACGUAUCAUUCUCAUGGUCCCAAGGAGGAUUUGGGAGUAACUGCUGCCCAAUUGAAAGACGAGGAGUCCCGCGUAAGAUAUUCACAUAAGGGCCCUAGGGAUCCAAACUUCCUGGAGAAACUCAGGGCACCAGUCGAAGUUAACUUUCCACCCCCGCGGCCAAUUGAGGAUACCAUUGCCUUUAUUUCCAGGUUCUGUAGAUAAGAUGUCUGCUGUUUGGUGUUGCUAAGAUAAGAAAGAAAAGGACAUGUGGUUUGGGAUGUGGACCUAUUUAUAAGAAGCUCCACUCGAUUGUCUGAAUAAAUCGAUGUGCAAUUCCUUAAGCGACUUGAUGUUGUCAGGGCUUUUAGUAGGUUUAUGCGAAGUAAAUCCAUCUUUGCCU